AUGCUUUUUAAUGUCUCGGAUCAUUCCCGCGGUGCGACGCUGCCGUGGUGCGACGAACUGCUGGAUCGCGUUGCGGCACGCAGAUGGGGCUCUGCGGCUGUGAUUGUAGAGCCCGGCGUGGCGCGCAGGCCGGCUGGUGCUGCGGUGGAUUGCCCGCUUCUGCGGAUUACGCGUGAUGCGGCGCGAGCGAUGUGCGCUGCUGCUGGUGACGGCUGGAAGCCCUCCAGCGUCUGUCACGGGAUCCUUGCCAGACAGAAUUGCUCUCCGUGUGACGAUGCCCACACCCACCCCUUUGAUUUUCUUUGUCCGAUUGGCCGGGGCAACUUUGGUACGGUGCUACUUGUGCAGAGCCGGGUGCACCCAACGCGUUUUUUUGCAGCGAAGGGUGUGACGCGUCUCCUCGAGCCUUCCCCGUUUGCCGCGACGGAGCAGCGGGAUGGAGACGAGGCCGCAUUGGAGGCGUUGCGCCAGGUCUUCUCUGGCAAGAGGAGUGAACUUGUGUCGCGAUUUCCUGCGCUGGGCGAUUUUCUCCGUGAGGCGCAGGUGGCCGCCGCUCUUCCCCCCCAUUCUCACAUUGCACGGUCCCACGGUGUAGUCCUGUCACCGUGCGUCAGCAGGCGGGCGGAAGAAGUGGCUCCAUUUCCACUGCAGUGCGCGUCACCACAAGCCGCCGUUGGCGCUUACAUGCUGAUGGACUUGGGUGCUGGUGGCACGCUUGGGGAUUUUUUCCAGCGUCACGAAACGCACAUUGCGGAGGAGCACCUGGUGUGUUGGCUCGGGCAGUUGCUCAGGGGCCUGGCGUGCCUGCACAAGGGAGGGUUGAUUCAUCGCGACAUCAAGCCAUCGAACAUCCUUGUGCGUCGGCGUGCUUCUUUGGCAUGGGAGAGUGACGUCGAGUUAUUUUUUGUGGACUUUGGCAUUGCCGCGCUGGUCGCGGAUUCGAGCUGCGAAACUGAACUCACCGUCAUUGGGUCUGGCGUGUACUGCCCGCCCGAAAUUGCGAAAUACUGGGGCUACCGCAAGCGUUGCCCGUAUUCAUACGCCUCCGACGUGUGGAGCACCGCAGCGGUGUUUUACUUGUUCCUCACAUGCGGUGCUGCGGGUGUGGACGAUGGCAUGGCCGCCGUCUUUUCAACCAACGCCUCACCGUCUGCCGACGUUGCAGUGACGGCCCAGUUCCGUGUGGCGCGCGGAGAGUACCCGACGCUGGCGGUGCUGAAGCAGGUUCCUCUCUUGGACGACGAAGCCCUCCGUCUUGCCAUGGAGAAGCUUGCGGCACGGCGUGCUGGCCACACUGCCGGAGGUGGUGCCGAUGGGGAGCCUGAGGGAGUUGACUACACGCGGUACACGACCGUGGACGGCGAGGGCACACAAGCUUGUCCGUGUAAGGACACAGGUGUGUGGCCCGCCUGGGUCUUUUCUCCGGGCAUCCAACUGAUGGCAAGGCGCCUGCGUGUGAGGGAGCUCUCGUUGGAGUUCCUGAGCCUCAUCGAUUCCAUGAUGGCGGUGAACCCUGCGGAUCGUCCGACGGCGGAAGCCGUGCUGCUGGACUCGCCCGUGUUUGGAAUGCGGAUGCCGUGGUGGGAGAAGGUGGUGGAGAAGGCCGUGCGGCGCGUUGUGGAGGGCAAAGAGAAUGUGCUGCUGGAUGUGUGCGUCGGUGAUAGCGACGAGGAAGAGGAGGAGGACGAGGAGGAGGCCGCACUUGUACGGCGCACCAUGAUGCCUCUUGUUUUGCCCGCGGAGAACCACGGCUACGUUCCACACAACGUAAUCCAUUGGUGGAACGUGGACCUCACAAGAGGCGAGCCAGAUCACACGAAGUGGCUUUCGCCCACCUCGCUUCUCGCUUCUCUCCUUACAACGGUUCGGGAUCUGACCGGGCUUGAGGCAACGCGUGAUGCACAGGACCCCGUUCUUCGAGAGGUGCCGUUGUACACCGCCACUUCGCUGCAGUUUGUUGAGCGUGUGUGCGCGCCCGUUCGCGGUACCGAUGUUUCAGCCAGGAAAAUUGAGGACGGGCCCCUUUUCCGGGAGCUUGAGGCUGGCGGCCACAGCACUGGCUUCUUUAUUCAUGUGCAGAUAAGGAUACGUGCCAUCGCUAGGGCCAGGCAGGUACUGAUGGCGAACGGCUGGGCCGAGGAGGAGGAUGUGGCGGACCAGGAGGAAAUGGCUAGGCGUGCCAUGGAGGAGUUGGUAGCCACGACGGAGAAGUGGCUUCUCAGCCGCGAGGCGACCACCGGUGUGGCGGCUCUCCACGUGUUGCCAUGGGUGAGUUGGCACCUCAACGAGGAGGAGGCCGGCACGGACGGAAGCACGCAGCACUGCUUCAUUGUGGAGUACGCAGCUGCAGGGCCCGGAGACGGGCAGCCGCAGCCGUGUGCCAAUGAAAGCAGUGUUACGGGGGAGCUCUCUAGCGUUUUUCGCGACUGGCGAGCCAACUUGACGGAUGGCCUGCAGAGACUGUGUUGCGACGACGCCACUGCCCCUGACGAGACGACGCAUGACGGAGCGUCCAAUGCUCCACGCGGCGGCCUCAGGUUGGAGGAAAAACUUGAGGCGGUGCUGGAUGCUCUUGAGGCUGUAGAGUCGGAGCUGGUGGAGAGACAGAAACGGAACGAGGCGCACCAGGGACUACUUCAAGGCCACGUGGUUCACUGGCUUAGCGUGAGAGCUGCGCCCUCCGUGGAGAGGUGCAUGGAGACUCUUCAGGGCGUGUGUGGCGGCGGAGACGUGUCCUCACAACAGAUACACGAGUGGAUAUUGACCACUGUCUUCACAAGCGAGGGUGCGAUGGCCUUGAUGCCGGUUCGACGCAUCUAA